UGCUGCCCAAAUUGCCAAAGGGUAAAGCAGAGUUUUCCCGAGGGUUUCUAAGCUGAGACGGCAAUGGCAGAGGAGGAAGAAGGAGAUGCAUGAAUGAUGUGAAUCCAGAGACGAAGCAGCGCGGGCUUCCAUGGCUUGUUGACUUUUCUGUUCCACCUCUCAACUCCCACCUUCCGUUCAGGCCCGAGCUCGGCGGACUUGAUUCAGGCAUGUGAAAAAGAAUCUUUGACGGCUCAGAUUGUUUAACCACAUGAUGGACUCCUGCAACUGCAUUGAGCCACAGUGGCCAGCUGAUGAGCUUUUGAUGAAGUACCAGUACAUCUCAGAUUUCUUUAUUGCUCUGGCUUACUUUUCCAUCCCUCUAGAACUCAUCUACUUUGUCAAGAAAUCUGCUGUAUUUCCCUAUAGAUGGGUUCUUGUUCAGUUCGGUGCUUUCAUAGUUCUAUGUGGAGCAACCCACCUGAUCAAUUUAUGGACAUUUACCAUGCACUCAAGAACUGUAGCAGUGGUUAUGACCACUGCAAAGGUUUUAACUGCUGCGGUAUCAUGUGCGACGGCUCUCAUGCUUGUACAUAUCAUCCCCGAUCUACUUAGUGUGAAAACCAGGGAACUAUUUCUGAAAAACAAAGCUGCAGAACUUGACAGGGAAAUGGGCUUAAUUCGUACUCAGGAGGAAACUGGCAGACAUGUCAGGAUGCUCACACACGAAAUCAGAAGUACUCUUGAUAGACAUACUAUUUUGAAAACUACUCUGGUUGAACUGGGAAGAACUUUGGCAUUGGAAGAGUGUGCCCUGUGGAUGCCAACACGAAGUGGCUUGGAGCUUCAGCUAUCCUACACUCUCCGUCAGCAGCAGAAUCCAGUUGGAUACACUGUACCCAUUCAUCUUCCUGUGAUCAACCAAGUGUUUAGUAGCAAUUGUGCGGUGAAGAUAUCACCAAAUUCACCCGUUGCAAGAAUACGCCCUCUUGCCGGAAAAUACAUUCCUGGUGAGGUUGUCGCUGUGCGGGUUCCUCUGCUGCAUCUCUCUAAUUUCCAGAUUAAUGACUGGCCUGAGCUUUCAACAAAACGGUAUGCUUUGAUGGUGUUGAUGCUUCCAUCAGACAGUGCUAGGCAAUGGCAUGUCCAUGAGCUGGAGCUUGUUGAAGUGGUAGCUGAUCAGGUUGCAGUUGCUCUCUCCCAUGCUGCGAUACUAGAAGAGUCUAUGCGGGCAAGAGAUCUUCUCAUGGAUCAAAAUGUUGCACUUGAUCUGGCCAGAAGAGAAGCAGAAACAGCUAUUCGUGCUCGAAAUGAUUUUUUGGCUGUUAUGAACCAUGAAAUGAGAACUCCCAUGCAUGCUAUUAUUGCCCUUUCUUCCUUACUGCAGGAAACUGAACUGACCCCUGAGCAGCGUCUAAUGGUUGAAACGAUAAUGAAGAGCAGUAAUCUUUUGGCUACUCUGAUAAAUGAUGUAUUAGAUCUUUCAAGGCUUGAAGAUGGAAGCUUUCAACUUAACAUCGUCACUUUUAAUCUUCAUGUCGUGUUCAGAGAGGUCCUUAAUUUGAUUAAACCAGUGGCAUCCGUCAAGAAACUGCUCAUCACAUUAAAUUUAGCCCCAGAUUUGCCUGAGUAUGCUGUUGGGGAUGAAAAACGCCUCAUGCAAGUCAUUUUAAAUGUUGUUGGUAAUGCAGUUAAAUUUUCUAAAGAGGGCGGCAUUUCGAUAACUGCUUUUGUGGCUAAAGCAGAGUAUCUAAGAGAUGCCAGGGCUCCCGAUUUUUCUCCAGUGCCAAGUGAUAAUCACUUCUAUUUACGUGUACAGGUGAAAGAUUCAGGAUCAGGUAUUAACCCUCAAGAUAUUCCCAAGUUAUUCACAAAAUUUGUACAUAACCAAUCAUUAGCAACCAAAAAUUCUGGUGGGAGUGGACUAGGUCUUGCGAUUUGUAAAAGGUUUGUAACUCUCAUGGAUGGACACAUUUCGAUUGAAAGCGAAGGCCUUGGCAAAGGAUGUACUGCCACUUUUAUUGUAAAGCUGGGAAUCCCAGAGAAGUUAAAUGAAUCUAAGUUCCCUGUGAUGCCCAAAGUGCCAGCAAAUCAUAUCCAGGCCAAUUUUUCUGGGCUCAAAGUGCUUGUUAUGGAUGACAAUGGUGUUAGCCGGGCAGUGACCAAGGGACUUCUCCUACAUCUGGGAUGUGAUGUGACAACCGUAAGCUCAAGGGACGAGUUGUUGGGUGUUGUCUCGCAGGAACACAAGGUAGUUCUUAUGGAUGUUUGCACGCCUGGUAUAGACAGUUACGAAGUUGCCGUCCAGAUGCACAGGUUGUAUUCAAACCAUCAUGAGAGGCCACUCUUGGUUGCACUUACUGGAAGCACUGACAAGGUAACCAAAGAGAAUUGCAUGAGGGUUGGGAUGGAUGGGGUUAUCCAGAAACCUGUGUCACUUGAUAAAAUGAGAAACGUACUGUCUGAGCUACUGGAACACUGACUUUAAAUGUCUGGUUUGGCCCGUCUUUGAGAAGAGUGGAGAAAAUAAGACUACGAUAAGCUUCUUGCAGCAAAUGUGUAAAUACCGCAUGCAGUGGAACAUUGGAGGGAUAUCGAGCAAUGCUACAGAUACCCUGUGUAAAACGAGACUCAUGCCGAUCAUUUAUAAAAGAAUGACGAUGAUCUCAAGUGAUUGAACUACCCAGAGCACAAUGGUGAAGCUGCUAGUAACUUCACAGGAUGAUGACAAGUCUUAUGUGUCUUCGACAAAGUUGUGAUAUCGUUGCAAUUGUAAGAUACUGUGGUCCCAUCAACGGUAUCACUUUGUUUGAAUCAACUGCUUUUGUAUUGGUAGCUCCUGUAGCCUACGCGCAAAGAAGUUUGACCAGUAUAAGUUUAUACCGUGUAGGGUAUUUGGGCAUGGAUGUGGGACUUAGCCUGUGCAUUGGAACACGCAAGUUUUCAUUCAUAUAAGAAGCAUUAUCCGGGACUUAUGUUGCUUGA